GGCCAUCUAACCGUGUGCCCUAGUCCAGCUCUGGGAAGUGCCAGCCGGAGGGAGAAGGGAAGUGCUGCUGACCCAUCUGCUCAGCCCUCAGAGGCUCAGCCCUGCUCAGCAGGUUGUCGCUUCGUUGCACAGGCUAGACAAUGGGGAGACGUGACCCAGAGGAAGGGCAUCUCCCAGCUCCCGUGAAGCCCCCAGAUGGUGGUUGGGGCUGGAUCGUGCUCCUCGGCUGCUUUGUGAUUACCGGCUUCUCCUAUGCCUUCCCAAAAGCCGUCAGUGUCUACUUCAAGGAGCUCAUGAAAGAUUUCCAUGUGGGCUACAGUGACACAGCCUGGAUCUCCUCCAUCAUGCUGGCCAUGCUGUAUGGGACAGGACCGGUAUGCAGCAUCAUGGUGAACCAGUUUGGCUGCCGGCCUGUGAUGCUCAUCGGAGGGCUGCUGGCUUCCUCUGGGAUGAUCCUGGCAUCUUUCACCACCAAUAUCAUUGAGCUUUAUCUGACAGCUGGCGUGCUGACAGGUCUGGGUAUGGCGCUGAACUUCCAGCCCUCACUGAUCAUGCUGGGCACAUACUUUGACAAGCGUCGGCCUCUUGCCAAUGGACUGGCUGCUGCUGGGAGCCCUGUUUUCCUUUCCUCCCUCUCUCCACUGGGGCAAGUGCUGCUGGAGAAGUUUGGCUGGCGAGGAGGGUUCCUCAUCAUGGGUGGCCUCCUGCUUAACUGCUGCACUUGUGGGGCAGUCAUGAGACCCCUGGAUAUGGGCAUGAAGCGGAAGACGGAGAAAACUCAGGACAAAUAUGAAGCCAAGGAGAUGCUGCCCAUAGGAGGGAAAUCAGAGGAGGGAAUCAGCACCACUGAUAGAACCAUGAAAGCCAAGAAAGCCAAGAAGAAGCCCAGGAAAGGAAAGAAGCUUCUGGAUUUUAGUAUCUUUUCCAACCGAGGGUUUAUCAUUUACACUAUUUCCAAGUUCAUCCUGGUCCUGGGUCUCUUUGUGCCUCCCAUCUUGCUGGUCAACUAUGCCAAGGACACAGGUGUACCAGACACAGAGGCUGCAUUCUUGCUCUCUAUCAUUGGUUUCAUAGACAUCUUUGCCCGCCCAGCCUGCGGCAUGGUGGCAGGGUUGAAGUGGGUCCGUCCUCAUGUGGCAUACCUGUUCAGCUUCUCUAUGCUCUUCAAUGGCCUGACAGACAUCUGCAGUGCCAGGGCUAGCAAUUACACGGGGCUGGUCAUCUUCUGCGUGUUUUUUGGCAUCUCCUACGGCAUGGUGGGGGCACUGCAGUUCGAGGUGCUCAUGGCCAUCGUGGGCUCCCAGAAGUUCUCCAGCGCCAUCGGGCUGGUCCUGCUUAUCGAGGCCUUCGCUGUGCUCAUCGGGCCACCCUCUGCAGGCCGCUUGGUUGACGCUCUCAAGAACUACGAGGUGAUCUUCUACCUGGCAGGCUCAGAGGUGGUGCUCUCUGCUCUCUUCCUGGCCAUGGCCACCUACUGCUGCUUGAACAGAGGCAAGAAGAAGGAAGGUUCCCCGGAGAAGAACCCUGCCGCAGGUGGUGGGAGCGACACUGAGGAAGCAGAGUCCGACGUGCAGGAGGCUGAGGAGCACAGCAGCGACAACCACCAGCCAGCCCACAGCACCGACAAUGCCGUGGUAGCAGCCAGCGAGGAGGCCAACCAUGUGGCAGAGGAGCAGGGCAGGGAGGGAGGCGAGUGUCCCGCCGGGGAUGGGGAGGUGUUGGCACGAGAUGGCUGCGAUGCUGACCAGACAGUGGAGAGGGACAGCUUUUAGCCAGGGCAGGGGAACAGGGAUGUAUAAAUCUGGCCUUGUUUGCAUGCACCUCAGCCUGGGAGGGUAGGUGGGAGAUGAGGAGGAGAAAGUGGAGACAAACACAGAUGUAAGAGGGAGAGGUAUAAGAAUAGCUGGUCCAUAUGUACAUAUGUCCACAUACCUACCGGUGAUAUGUCUGCCUGCAUCCUGCACCCAUGCUGGUGCAACUCAGGCUCAGAGCAGCCCAAACACCAAAAAGAAAACAAAAAAUCAUCUUAUUCCCUCACUUCCAAACCAGCCCCAGAGAAAGUCUUUUGAAGAGGCUGUCAAGGACCCUCCUUCUCCUUCUGCAUUGUCAUAAUACAGAACACAAUUAGAGACUCUGUAAUCAGAUCUGGUACGCUUUGGUUUGGUGUCAGUGUUUCCUCCGCUUCACUUCCGCAUUCGGGAUAGUGCCAGGCCAGCUGGAACUAGA